AGUUAUUCGUCAAAAAUAUCUCCACGAGUGUCUGCGUACUAGUUUUCAGUGUUUUUGGUGUAAGUUCGCCUUUUAGAAUUUUACAUACUUAUAACUCAACUUAAUUUGUAAAAAUUUAGCGCCAUCCAGAUGAAGAUCUUUAUUUUCCUACUAAAUCUAGCAUUAUAUGCUACUCAGAUUAUUGGGGGAUACAAUUCGGACAGACUAUUCAAAUAUAGAAAGUUCCCGAUUUCUGAUGACGUUGGAGAUCCACUUAUACUCACACCUCUCAUUGAGGCUGGCCAAAUAGAAGAGGCUCAAAAUGAGUCUAAAGUUGAAUUUGAAAGCUUUGAUCCUAUUGUAAGCUAUUCAGGAUACUUUACCGUAGAUAAAUUGUUCGAAAAUAAUCUAUUCUUUUGGUUUUUCCCUUCUGAAGAUAACGUUGCAAGCGAUCCUGUAGUUCUUUGGUUGCAAGGAGGACCUGGUUCGCCUUCCGAGUAUGGUUUGUUUGAAGAACAUGGUCCUUUUAUAGUCAGCGAAAACGACACUGUCAGUUUGAGAGAGUAUAGGUGGACUAGAAACCAGUCUGUAUUAUACCUUGAUAAUCCUGUCGGUACUGGAUUUAGUUUUUCUAACAAAGCAGGAUAUGCAAGCAACCAAACUAAAGUUGGGCAAGACCUUUAUAAUGGCUUAAUCCAGUUUUUCACUUUGUUUCCACAACUCCAAAACAACGAUUUCUUUAUUGUGGGAGAAUCCUACGCAGGAAAAUAUGUUCCAGCUGUAUCUUAUACCAUCCUUCAAAACAAUCCCUCCGCUUCUUUGAAAAUUAACCUUAAAGGGUUAGCUAUCGGCAACGGUUUAACUGACCCAAUCAACCAAGCCGAUUACGCUGAUUAUGUAUAUCAGUUAGGAUUAGUAGAUGCAAAUACGCGUGACACCUUAUUAUCUUACAAAGCCUUGUUUGAAAAAUACGUCGCCGAAGAAGACUGGACUAGUGCAACCGAAUAUUUUGGCGACAAAAUAAUUGAUUUAAUUUCUGAAGCUUCUGAGGUGUAUAGUGUAUACAAUUAUCUUCAAGACAGCGACGAAUCUAGCAGCGAUUGGCAGAGUUUCAUACAACAAAAUGCCAGAAAAGCUCUACAUAUUGGUAACACGGAGUUUGGUAAUGGACCUGUAUACGAGUAUUUGUACGACGAUAUUUCCAAAAGUGUAGCUCCCUGGGUAUCGGAACUGCUCAGUAACUAUCCAGUUCUGAUUUACAGUGGACAAGUUGAUAUUAUCGUUGCUUAUCCAAUGACAGUGAACUAUUUGCAAAACUUGAAUUUCAGCGCCGCAGAAGAAUAUAAGACAGCUGAAAGGAAUAUUUGGAUUGACAGUAAGGGUGUUGCUGGAUACUAUAAAACAGCUGGUAACCUCACAGAACUUUUGGUCAGAAAUGCAGGACAUAUGGUACCUACUGAUCAACCGGAAAGAGCUUACUCUUUGAUUUAUAAAUUUACUAGAAGCUUGCCCUUCAAUUAAAUUUCAUAUCAUUCGAAGUAAAUAACAGGUAACUUAAACAAAAAAGAUCUUUCUGCUAUGAUAAAAUUUUCUAUUAAAAUAAUACCAAUUUAUUUCUUCUAAAAUAAAAUCUGUAUAAGAGAUUAUAUCAAUAAAUGGUACUAAAUGCAUUAUA